AACAACCAGUUGCGUUGAAAACUAAAAGAGAUCUUAAAUAACAGCCGUAUAAUGAUUUUGCAGGACAAACAGUAGAAAAAACGAGGCGUUUUGUCACUUUUUUCCCUUUACUGUUAUAACACCGAUAGAGGACAAAAAACAGCUUAACUGUUUAGGUAUCGUAAGGAGUUUAAUGGAAUGUGCGAGAUUUCUGGAAAGAGGAAAAAUACCCGGAUUGAACCCAGCGAGAAUACAUUUGACUGGAGGAAAAGUGAGCAAACUGUAAAAAGACCCUCCUCCGCCACGUCUGAACCUGCCCUAUCAGUUCCUUUCAGCUCAAAACCAGCAGAAGAAGCCGGAGGAGGAAGGAAGCUUUAAUUAAUUAACGUCCUGCAAUGGUGCCCAUCUCUCCUGUUCCUCUCCUGUUUCUACUAGUGUUGGCUCUGCAGAGCAUCUGGUCAUCUGCCUCACAGGAACUGAAAGUUCAAAGCUCGCCUCAGCCAGAAAUCUCCAGAUUACAUCACCCCACCUGGAGCCUGGGGCUGCAGCUGUAUAGGUCGCUCCGCAUUGAUGGUUCCCAGACCAACACCUUCAUCUCCCCACUUCUGUUGGCUAACUCCCUGCUAGCUCUAGAGGGUGGAGCUAAAGGAUCCACAGCAGGCCAGUUUCAUGAUCUCCUGAGGAUCACCAAAAAUGAUAAGGCCGUAGGAGAAGCUUUAACCAAGGCAUUGAAAUCUGUGCGUGAAGCUAAUGGAACCAGUUAUGCGUUGCGCAGUUCCUCUGCACUGUUUUCCAAACAAGCCCCUAAACUGGAGAAGAGUUUUCUGGAGAAGCUCCAGACCCACUUUGGAUUGCAGCAUGUGGCACUGGAGGAUGCACAGAAACAUGACAUGGAGAAGCUCCAGUCCUGGGCUAAAAGUGGGAUGGAUGGAGAAGAGACAGUAGAUCUGGAACUGGCACUGGAGACCAAACCUGGAGCCAUGAUCCUUGCCAAUGCACUGAACUUUAAAGGAUUUUGGGAUCGAGGCUUUUACCAUGAAAACCAAGACUUGCGCAGCUUCUUGGGUACCAAAUACACUAAAGUUCCCAUGAUGCACAGAUCAGGUGUAUAUCGUCACUAUGAGGACAUAGAGAACAUGGUACAGGUGUUGGAACUAGGUCUUUGGGAAGGGAAGGCCAGCAUGGUGUUGAUUUUGCCCUUCCAUGUGGAGAAUUUGGCUCGGCUGGACCGUCUGCUGACCCUGGAUCGGGUGGAGAAGUGGUUGGGGAAACUGAACUCCACAAGUAUGGCAUUAUCCCUCCCGAGAACCAAGAUAAGCAGCACGGUCAAUCUACAGAAGCAGUUAGCUGCUUUGGGCCUAGUUGAUGCCUGGAACGAGACAUCGGCUGAUUUCUCCGCUGUGUCAAGCCUCGGACGAGGGAAGCUUCACUUGGGAGCCGUGCUGCAUUGGACGUCUCUUGAGCUAGCCCCUGAGUCCGGCAGCAAGGACGGCAUGCAUGAGGAUGAGGAUGUGGAGAAGCCAAAAAUCUUCUAUGCAGAUCAUUCCUUCAUUAUACUAGUCAGGGACAACAGCACUGGGGCAUUGCUCAUGGUAGGUGCACUGGACCACACUGACGGCCCUGCAAUUCACGACGAGCUGUAGAACCAAAAUACUGCACUCUCUGGCACUGACAGUUGGCUGAAGAGCCAAAAUGGCUGACCUACGAGUAUUGACAAUAAACUGACUGACUUAUCCACUGCAAAUCCACUCUCUUUCACCUACUGGUCUUAUGUUUUGUGCUGACAUGUUAUAUUUUACUGUUACAGAUACGAAAGAGCUUAGAAUAGGAUGUAAUUAAACUGAUAUGUUGGCCUGCACUGAACCUGCACAGGCAUACAGUCAUUCUAUGGAAAGCAUUGCAGAUUUCUACAGAAUUUGAAUGUUUUAUUCAAAUUCUAUGUAUCCUUUCAACUUGUGUUUUUGUUUAUUAAAUGUUUUGGUCAUUUAAAGGGAUAGUUCAUAACAUUACUAUUGAACAACUGAUGUCACAUGGACUAUUUUAACAAUAUUCUUACUACCUUUAUGGGCCUUGAACGUGUCAGUUGCUUUGCUGUCUAUGCAGGGUCAGAAAGCUCUCGGAUUUCAUCAAAAAUAUCUUAAUUUGUGUUCCAAAGAUGAACAAAGGUCUUACUGGUUUGGAACAGCAUGAGGUGAGUAAUUAAUGACAGAAUUUUUAGGUGAACUAUCCCUUUAAUAAAGCUUUCAGCUGUCUUUAUGAGUGAAAUGGUCACAACUCUGUUAAAGGGGUCAUCGGAUGCCCAUUUUCCACAAGUUGAUAUAAUUCUUUAGGGUCUUAAUGAAAAGUCUAUAACAUGCUUUUGUUAAAAUUUCUCAAUGGUAGUGUAAAAAACAUCUUUUUUUGCCAAAAUCAGCUUUGCAAAAAUCAUCCUGUUCUGGUCGAUGUUGCUUUAAAUGUUAAUGAGCUCUGCUGGCCCCACCCCUCUCUUCUCUCCAUGGAGUGAUGAGCCUGUUUACUUUAGCCGUGUUUAGCCAUGGAACUUGCUAACUAGCACGUUAUUAGGAAAGGCGAUUGCAAAGUUUUAUUUAUAAAAAACCUUAUACUCACUUCUGCUGUAAGUGAAGCUGGAUCACGAAUGAUUCGCGCAAACAUAGACUCAUUUGUUUAGAUCGGGAGGUGCAUUCCCUUCACAAACAAACAUAAUCCACUGCAUCUUCAGCGCUCAGAUGUCAGGAGUAAAUGACAACUACUGUGUUCAUUAUUCAACAACACAACACCUCAAUUGCUUACAAGUCAUAUUUGUCUACGUCCCUGUUCUGGCAUUGAAACAAUGGUGAUCGGACUGUUACUGUUCAUUUAAGGCGGGUCUAAGGUAAGGCGGCCGUGUCAAUCAACUAUCGUGGGAGCGGCCGCUGUCGGUGUGUCGUCACACAGACAAGAUGCUGAGAAUGGCUUGAUUUGAAAAAGGGGAAAUUAUUUUUACAGAUUAAAUAAAAACCACUGGGUGGAUUUUUAUCAUUAUAGGGUGGUUGUGUACAUACACUGCCAACACACAUUAAUGUUAAAACAACAUGUAAAAGUGAACUUUGCAUCCAAUGACCCCUUUAAAAGAGACAACAAAUUAGAGAUUUGUAAUUUUUUUUACUUGUGCAUGCUGAUUUCUGUAUAUUUUUGUAACCCUUCUUGUCAUGUAUCACUCACUUAUAGUUUAUUUUUACUCUAAUUAUUUUAUAAUACUGUUGAAUAUUUUUAAUUACAUCUCUCUAAAUGAAUAUCUUUCAAUUACACUUUCAGUUAUUAAUCAAUACUUAUUGGCUAAUCAGCAUCAAAAUAUUGUGUAUCCAUAGUUUACAGUUUUCUAAAUAUACAUAGAUUUUAGUUUUCUAAAUAAAAACAAAUGCAACUGCACAAACUGAAUGAUUAGAAAAGGUGAUGUUUAUUAUGCAAUUUGUCUAUAUGUAGUCAAAGCUUUAUUCAAGGUAUCAAACUAUAAGAAGACAGACUUGUUAAUAAAAAAAAUGCCUGUAAAUUGAUUAUAUACAGUUGAAGUCAAAAGUUAACAUACAUUUAUUUUGCCUAAAUAUCAUAUUUUUUCAUUUAGUACUGCCCUUCAGAAGCUACAGAAGAUACUUACAUGUUCCCCAGAAGACAAAAUAAGUAAAAUUUACCUUGAUCUUCAAAUUCAGAAAGUUUUCACCCCCUGGCUCUUAAUGCAUUGUUUUUCCUUCUGGAGCAUCAGUGAGCGUUUUUUUUUUUUUUUUUUGUAAAUUCAACUAUUAUUAUUAACUAUAUAUUAUUUUCUUUUGUGUGACUAUAUGUAAACGUCUUUUAUGUGAAAUAUCUUAUCCAGGUCAGUACUAAAUAAAAAAAAAAUAACAUGCAUUUUGUAUGAUCCCUCUUAUUUUGGUGAAAUAAUUAACAUUUAGCAAGUUCUGCAAUAUGUAUGUAAACUUUUGACUUAUACUGUACAAGUAUCUUCUAGCCUAUUUGUGUGUCCCUCAACGAGUGAUUUUGGGUCAAAUUAAACAGAAUUAAAUUUGAAUUCAAUAAUAUUA